GUCAGCACACGCUCGCUCUCCUCCCGUGUACCAGGAAGCGGGCGUAGAGUGCACUUCUCCCUCUCUAUGGAAACGGUCAACACACGGCGGUGGCCCGGCCCGAGUGGCCCCGGAGAGAGAGAGAGAGAGAGAGGGGUCAGACAGGGGAGGGAGGAAAGGGACAGCCGUGAGGCUCAUUAUGGUUGUGCUGGAGAGGCUGGGAGCCCAGUUAAAGUGACUACUCCCAAAUUAAAGACUGCCCAGUCCUGAGAAGGUGUAACUUGCCAACAAGAUGGCAGAAUGUGGGUCUAUUGGCCAGAAGUCAGAGAAAGCUCAGCUACAAGAGCUGAAUGAACGAUUCUGUCAUUACAUACAAAAAGUGAAAUGCAUGACUGACCAGCUUGGAACGACGUCUGAUAAUUCCAAUGAUUUGAAACGCAUCCAAGAGUUGGAAGAGGAAAUGGUAGCUGCUCGCAACAUGUACAACAAAGAAAUCCAGGCUCUACAUGAUCAACUGGACCAGAAUUGUAAAGAACGAAUGCAGAUUGAAAUGAACAACCUCAAAAAUUCCCAAAUGAUUGCUGAAUUCAGGGAAAGCAUACUGGCACUCAACACAGCUGUGCUGCAGAAAGAGGAAGAGAAAAAAUGUAUGGAGUUAUUGCUGUGUCAGAAGGAAGCAGAGCUCAGGGAGCUGAUGAACAAUGCAUCAAACCCAUCUUCAGAGGUGGAUGACCUUAAACGGCAGCUCGAGAAAAUACGGUGCAACCUAGAAGAUAUCCAGCGGAAGUAUGAGAUGGAACACAAACAGAAUGCCGAGCUACAGUGCACAGUUCAGCAGCUGCGACAUAAACUGGAGAGACAACAGGAAAAUCAUUGCCAGGAUAUGAUUUGUAUGAGAGAGAAGGCUGCCGAAGCAGAUCAUCUGAUUCAGGAACUGGAAGAAAAGUUGAGAAGGCCGAGCGACGAUGACGGUGGUGCCAUGAAGAUGCUCCAGAAAAUCCGCGAGGCAAACGAUGCUGAGAUCAAACAGUACCAGCGACAAACAGAACAAGCCUACAAUCAAAAUCUGAUGGAACUGAGCAUGUGCCUCAAUAAGGAACAUAUCCAAUUGGAGCAAAUUCAGGAGGAAAACCAGUGUCUGCGCCAGCACAUUAACAACCUGUCGACUGAAAUUAAAAUGCUGCAAACUAAGCUGCUAGCUGAGGAAGAAAGCAAGGUUGCUCUCAUUGACAAGUUGAGUUGUGAACAGCAAAAGAACCAGCAACGUAUAAAUGAUUUGAAGAUGAGAUUAGAGGAAAUGGAGGAUCUCCUCUUGGCCAAGAUGAAGGAGCUUAGUUCUAAAAGAGACGGCAACUCAACUUCUUUACAAGGAGACAUUUCGGCAUUUAAAUGUCUGCUUGAGUCAGAAGAAAGAAGGUUAAGGGACAGUCAACUGAUGUACCAGCAGAAGUGUUCUCCAUGCAAACCAUAUUUACCCACUGCUCGGACAUCAUGUGCUCCUUUGAACCAGUCUUCCUGUCCACGGGUACCAGCUGCAUCCUCAUGCCCUCCCGUGAACCUGCGACCUUGCCCUCCACCUCCAAUCUCAAACCCGUGCAAGCCAUUGCAUCAAAGCUCUGGAGGCCCAUCCUCUGCCCCCAGCUCCUCCCUGGCACCGGCCGCCCCAAUGUGUUGCCUGCCAUCUUCGGCUCUGACCACACGCCUUCCUGUGCAUCAGCUGAGCUGCCAGCUACCUUCCUCUUUGGCCUCGUGCCUGUCCACUGUUCGGCCGAACUGUUUGUCAUCUUCUUGUAUCCCCCCCUGCCUCCCUGUGAGCCGGCUAAGCUGCCCACCACCUUCUGCCCUGGCCUUGUGCACUUCGAUGAACCGGCCAAGGUGCCCAUCACCACUUCCUAUGAGCUCCUGCCCUCCUCCUGCAAACCCCUCAGCGAGUUGCAGAUCUGCGUCAAGUCGGCCAUGCCCCAUGACUCCAGUAACAUAUGCAAAACUUAAUAACCCAACUGACGCCGCGAAAUGUAGACUUGAACAAUAUGUGGCGUCGGAAUGUAAUAAUACUGAGCCAAAGUGGUUCUUCCCAAAGCCUCCGACCCAUUCUCCCAACAGUUGCAAAUCUGGUCAAGGCCGAGAUUUUUACAAUGCUCUGAUUAAGGACCUGAACAACAAUGACUCAACCAGCACACCCCUUGUCUGCAAGCCGCUCAUGAACACAUGCGACCUCAACACACCAAUCGCCAGCACCAUGGGUAACAUGAAAAUAAUCGAAGUCGCUGCCAAUGGCCACUUUGUGCGGCUCUUAAAUAUCUCGCUCAACACGGAGGAAGAUAUUGGCAACUACAUCUUGCAGCAGAACAUCGGUGGGCAUCCAGUGACAGUGUACCGCUUCCCGCCCAGGACCCGGGUGAACGCAGGCUCCACUAUAACGGUUUGGUCAGCUGGAGCAAAGGUCCCACACAGUCCCCCGAAAGACUUCUUGCUGAAGGACAGUAAUAAAUUUGGAACUGGUCCAGAGUGUACAACAAUCUUGUGUAAGCCUAAUGGACAGGCCGUAGCAUGGUUCACUCCCGCGCCCGGAAACUCAAAGCUGAAGGACCCAUGCAAAGAUGGCGAACAGUUCACAGACUAUGAACAUUCACUCCCGAACAAUAACACUCUACCUAAUUUUCAACCAGAGAAGGGAAAGGAAGAGUCUUUUGCAAACAUAUACCAAUUCUCACCUGUGGCCUUACCAGUGAAUCAGAAACCCAGCUUCUACAAUGUUCCAGCCCGGUGUCCCUGGGGUCAGAGCCCAGCUUCUCCAACCCACCCGGAUUUCAACUUGCCAAGGACUCUAUCUGCUGGGAACGAUGGGAGCAGUCAGUGCAGGGACUCCCGUUCACAGUUUACUCGGCCUGACCCUAUCCCAGAUCAGCCAUACUCCAGACUGAGAAUGCCACAGCAGUGCAGGAAAAACUCUCUCAGCAAAACCGAGAAAAAAUCAUCAACGUGUUCUGGAGCUCCUUAUCAUCGAGGUGUGCUGUGCAUGAAUCCAUCUCCAUCUGCCUCACCUUUGCAACUGUUUUAUGCCAAGGCUUCUAGCAAUAUCAUCGUCCCUAAACAGGGCCCACUGGGUCCCACAGCCCUCUCUAACCUUUAAAAUGAAUUUCAGCAAUAUCGCUUUCUUGGAAUUAGCACCCUCUGUCAGUCUGUGUGUUUGAAACUUGAAGAAUAGCUUGAAACCAACAAGGAGUGUGAAAUGUAUUUUUUUUAAUGUGACAAAUUGAUGUUUGGAAUCUGAGUGCAGAGGAUCUGGGCAGGUCCUCCUGCUAAUACUGGAGUGUGCGGUGUUUAAAUGAUAAUUACAGUUUGCAGAAGGGACUGAACAGGAAACACCCCUCAGUAAUGACCUGAUUUGGAACUGGAAGGUCAUGCCUGAGUCUAUGGCUGGCUUAUCAGCGAGUGAGGUACCCAAUAGCCUAGACAUUCAGGAGUUCCUGUUGCUGGGUUGUUACUUGUGGAAUUGUGGGAUACAUUUGCCCUGUGGACUGGUGAGGUUGCCGUUGGAUCAGCGCCCACACUACAUCUCACUUCAUUUCCACUGUUUUUAAAUGAUAGCAUCAGAUAUAGGCAGCGGGAAAUUAAUAAUGGCCAACAAUAGGGGGAGGGAGUUGGUAGCCUAGAUUGAGAAUUGACAGCUGUUGGAGGGAGGUGAUUCAGAAACAGUAACUCGAUGAAGUUGUAGCUGGCGAGAUAGUAGGAACUGCCGAUGCCGGAGAAUCUGAGAUAAC